AUGACCCGCUGCUCUGCUACAGACUCUCGUGGUGUUCAAACUCCUGGCUUCGUGGUGGACGUAGAAGGUGCCCAGCUCUCAGGGGCGCUGGCUCUUGGGAGGCCGAAUCACCAGGGACCUGCCCAGGAAGCCGCCCAGCUGCCCAGGGAAAAUGCCAAGGAGAAGCCGCUCGCAAAAGAAGAGUUGAAAGUGGACUCCAUUCAAGCAGAGCCCGCUGGGCUCUCGUCACCUGGGCAGACAGAACAAAGAGGCAGAGGCCAAAGGACCAGCAGACACCCUGCCCCCCAUCGCCCAGCUGAGGACCAGACACAAGCACUUCCUGCAGAGCCCCUUCCUCCAAGGGCAGGCUUCCUCGUGGCUGUACCCCUCUCAGGGCCAGGAAGGAGGGGAGGAGGGGGUGGUGACAAGACAUGCCCGGCUGGCCUGCCUGUGUUCUCGGUGACUCCAGGGUCCCCCGACGGCAGCCGGCUGACUUAUCACCUUCCUGCACCAUCGGCAUUCUCAGACCCGCGUCCCAGGCAGGCGCUGCCUGAGGGACAAGAUCGAAACACGAAGGAAGGACACAGGCCCGCCCGGGGAACUCGUGGUCCUGCGGGAGACUGGAGAGUUUCCCACAGAAAGAGUUCCGACUUGUCAACGUCUCCACUGCGGCUGCCGAUUGCAAGUGACCUCCACUUCCUGAGCAUGGGGGUGGGGGUGCAGGGGAGCAGGCGCUGAGCAAUUCUGGGACCGCAGAGCCCCAGGAAGUGGCCUUGAUGGGAGGGUGACAAGACCGCAGCCCUGGAGCAGCUAGCAACCAGCAAAGCCCAGCCCCUCCCUGGAAACGCCCCAUGCGAGGUCUGCCACCUUGCAGGAGAACCACCUGUCACCCAGAUUUGCCCUCCUGACAACCCCUCCCAGGGACCUGCCUCCCCUGACACGCAGGGGCUGGGGGCUGGGACGCCCCUCGGGCCCCAGGAGCCUCUGUGUGAUCCAGCUGUGCGGCUCUCAGAAGAGGAAGCUUCCAGCCUGGACCACCCUCCCGGGAGUCCAGUGCUGAGCCCUGUUUCUGGAGGGAGACCAACCGCUCCCCUGGGCCCCAGCCGGUGAGCUGGGCCACGCUCCGCAAAGGAGGGGUCAGUGGGGCGUCCACUCUGCCCACUGUGCUGGGGACUGUGGCCCAGACUGGCCCUCUGGAGGCAGAGACCACAGGCUUCACAUCCCUGUGUGGCCGGCACUGUGCCCUGCACCACACAGACACACAGAGACACAGACACAGACACACAGAGACACAGGCACACACACAGAGACACAGGCACACACGGAGGCACACACACACAUACACACACACAGACACACAUUCCCGCCACCCUGCAGAGAUGCUCACAGCCCCCAGCUGCCCUUUCAAAGUUGCCACUAGGUGGUGCAUUAAACUUUCAGGUUUUGUUUUUUAAACUUUUGUGCAUCUAGACCAUCACAGUUCAAGAAAAAUAUAAUAGAGCCAUAUAUGUAAUUUUCCAGGAAACAGGUAAAAUUAAUUUUAAUAAUAUCUUUUAAUUUAACCCUAAAUAGCCCCCAAAUUAUCAUUUCAACAUAUAAUCAACAUAAGGAAUUAUUAAUGAGAUAUUUUACUUUCCCUUUUUUCUGGUGAGUCUUCAAAAUCCCGUGUAUGUUUUAUGUUUACAGUACAUCUAAAUUCAGAACCUAAAUCUUUAUCAGAAAUCGUUGCUUAUACUUAAAUUUCAUAAAAUUUAUGGUCAGAAAAGGACACUCAUUUACUUAAGUUGUUUCAAACAUAAAAGUUUUCAGAAACUGCAUGGGUAUCAGUUUAAAUUUUUAAAUUUAACUUAAAAUCAGAAUAAAGUGCUCCGUGGCUGC